AUGGCUACACUCAAGUCUCUCACUCGCGACGAGGUCGCAAAGCACAACACUGCCGGCGACGUGUGGGUCAUCAUCGACUCGCUCGUCUUCGACCUCUCCAAGUUUGCACGCCUGCACCCCGGCGGCGCCGGCGUCAUCCUCGACAAGGAUGUUGCUGGCAAGGACGCCACCACGGUCUUCUUCGGCCUCCACCGCCACGAGGUCCUCACCAAGCCCCAGUACCGCCGCCUGAUUGUCGGCCAGAUCGAGGGCGAGAAGGAGAAGAUCCGCACUCCCCAGCCCGGAGACCUCAGCCGUGUUCCCUACGGCGAGCCCACCUGGCUCAACCCCGCAUACCACACUCCCUACUUUAACGAGUCGCACCGCAAGCUCCAGAAGGCGAUGCGGACGUACGUCGACUCGGUCAUCUUCCCCGACGCGCAGGCCUGCGAGGUCAGCGGCAAAAAGGCGUCGGACGCCGUGCUCAAGAGCAUGGCCGAGAACAACCUCAACAAGAUGCGUCUUGGCCCCGGCAAGCACCUGCACGGCCUCACCCUCUUCGACUCGGUCAAGGGCGAGGACUACGACUACUUCCACGAGCUCAUCGUCACGCAGGAGAUUACUCGCACCAUGGCCCGCGGCUACGGUGACGGCCUCAACUCGGGUAUGGUCAUUGGUCUGCCCCCCGUCAUGAACUUUGCCCAGGAGCCCCUGCGCUCGCGCGUGCUCCAGGAGGUUUUCUCGGGCGAGAAGGUUAUCUCUCUCGCCAUUACUGAGGCGUUCGCCGGCUCGGACGUCGCUGGCCUCCACACCACCGCUGUGCCCUCCGAGGACGGCAAGCACUGGAUCAUCAACGGCACCAAGAAGUGGAUCACGGGCGGCCACUUCUCCGACUACUUCACCGUUGGAUGCCGCACCGACGGCGGCCUGACCGUCUUCCUUGUUCCCCGCGGCGAGGGUGUCGAGACCAAGCCCAUCAAGACGUCGUACUCUCCCGCCGCCGGCACCGCUUACAUCACCUUUGACAACGUCAAGGUGCCCAACGAGAACAUGCUCGGCCCCGAGAACGGUGGUCUGUUCGUCAUCCUCUCCAACUUCAACCACGAGCGCUGGAUCAUGUGCUGCGCGACCGCGCGCACCUGCCGCGCCAUUGUGCAGGAAUGCAUGCUCUGGUGCGCGCAGCGCAAGGUGUUCGGCAAGCCGCUUCUCGCCCAGCCCGUCAUCCGCAACAAGCUCGCCUUCAUGAUCUCCAAGGUCGAGGCGAUGCAGGCGUGGCUCGAGCAGGUCACCUUCCAGAUGACCAAGAUGAACUACAAGCAGCAGUCCAAGCACCUCGCGGGCCAGAUUGCGUUCCUCAAGAUGAUGUCGACGCGCUACGCGACCGAGAUUGCCGACGACGCCGUGCAGAUCCUCGGUGGCCGUGGCCUCACUCAGUCGGGAAUGGGCAAGUACGUCGAGCAGUUCCAGCGCACCAACAAGUUUGACGCCAUCCUCGGUGGUGCCGAGGAGGUUCUCGGCGACCUCGGCGUGCGCCAGGCCAUGCGCUCGAUGCCCAAGGACCAGCGCCUGUAA